AUGCAAAUUGACUUUAGUAAGGUGUUCGACUCCGUUAACCAUGAGACACUUUGGGACUUCCUCAUGUUGUGGCCACACAGGCGCAUCCUCGAUUCUUUGAAGACUAGCUACACUGGCGUGAAGGUUCGGGUCAAGUUGGGGAAUAGGUUGGGACCUGAAUUCACGAGUGUUAGCCUGGCGGGCGGUGAACUCACCAACCUACUUUUAGUUGAUGAUGUGUCACUGGUAGCGACCGGGCAGGAUAGAGCAGAAUGCCUUCUGGGGCUACUCAAAGCCUACUGCAAAGCGAUGGGUGUGGCCGUGAAUGCCGCCAAGUGUGAGGUCCUCAUUUUUUGGGGCACUACACGACUGCAGUUUUCAGCAUGUACCAAGCAACUACUCGCAGCAGGGAGGCGGGCCACGCUUGGGGUCAGCACCCUGUGUCGAGAUAAGAAAAUUACCACCCGCAAGGUAUGUAUGCCUCUCUGCAAUACACUAGUUGUACCGGUGUUUUCUCAUGGCGCGCAAGUUUGGGGACCUGACUUCAUAAAUGUGAGUUUUGAAGGUGCUAUGGCUAAUCCCAUGGUCCAGGAGCAGGAUGCGGACAUGCGAUCUGUAGUUGGGGUCGGCUCCACUGGCUACCCGCGCCCCAUUGGAGCGACUGUGCUAGGCCUUUCCACCAUAUUCUGCAAUUUAUUACCACUUUCGCUACGUAACGGACUUUACCAGACUUUACAGACGCCGAGCGAACCACGCAGCACGGACAUCACGGAUAAAAACAUGUAA